UCGGCCGCGCCGGCCUCCGCGCCGGCCUCCAAGAAGCAGGGCGUCUCCGGGGAGAGCUCGGUGCCCGGCAGCUCCGCCGUCACGCAGACCACCUUCCCGAAGGACUUCAGGUCGCAGCAGCUCAUCAAGGCCGCCAUCCUGGACAACGACUUCCUGAAGAACUUGUCGCGCGGCCAGAUCCGCGAGCUGGUGGACUGCAUGUACCCCCAGAGCGUGACGCGGGGGAGCUACGUCAUCCGGGAGGGGGAGGCAGGCUGCCACCUGUACGUGCUGGCCGAGGGCGAGAUGGAGGUCCUCAAGGAGGGGACGGUCCUGGGCCGCAUGGGCCCCGGCAAGGCGUUCGGCGAGCUGGCCAUCCUGUACAACUGCACGCGCACCGCCAGCAUUCGAGCCGUCACCGACCUCCAGGUGUGGGUGCUGGACCGCAAGGUGUUCCAGCAGAUCAUGAUGCGCACGGGCAUCCAGCGCAUCGAGGAGAACAUGAGCUUCCUCACGAGCGUGCCCCUCCUCAAGCACCUGUCCGACGGCACCCUCAGCAAGGUCGCCGACGUCCUGGAGGUGGAGUUCUACCCCGCGGGCAGCUACAUCGUCAGGCAGGGCGCGACCGGGCACACCUUCUUCAUCAUCAGCGGGGGCACCGUGGAGGUGACGCAGCGAGUGCCAGGCUCCACGGACGAGGUGGUGAUCCGCACGCUGGGCCGCGGGGACUACUUCGGGGAGCAGGCGCUGCUGCACGACGACCACCGCACGGCCAGCGUGGUCGCCACGGCGCCGGGCGUCGAGUGCCUCACGCUGGACAGGGAGUCCUUCUUGUCCCUGAUCGGCUCCCUGAGCGAGCUCACGGAGAAGGACUACGGCGACGACAACCGCCAGCUGUCCCGGACGUCCUCCGCCUUCAGCGUGCACUCGAGCGACUUGUCGCCGUCAGGUCCGUCAGACCUGGAGGUGCAGCUGCUGCGGCUGGAGGACCUGCACGUGGUUGGCACACUGGGCGUGGGCGGCUUCGGCUCCGUGCGCCUCGUGCUCGCCCCCGGCGGCCACAGCUACGCCCUCAAGUGCCUCAACAAGAACCACGUGGUGGCGACGGGCCAGCAGGACCACGUCCUGGGCGAGAAGGACAUCCUCCUGUCCAUCCACUGCCCGUUCAUCGUCAGGCUGUUCCGCACGUUCCGCGACGACCUGUGCGUGUACAUGCUGCUGGAGGCGUGCCUCGGCGGCGAGCUGUGGUCCAUGCUGCGCGAGCGCGGCAGUCUGGACGAGCACGAGGCCCGGUUCGCGGUGGCGUGCGUCGUGCAGGCCGUCGACUACCUGCACGCCCGGCGCGUCGUGUACCGCGACCUCAAGCCCGAGAACCUCGUCCUGGACGCGCGCGGCUACGUCAAGCUGGUCGACUUCGGCUUCUCCAAGCGGCUGGUGAGCAGCAGCAAGACGUGGACCUUCUGCGGCACGCCGGAGUACGUGGCCCCCGAGGUGAUCCUGAACCGAGGCCACGACCGCGCCGUGGACUGCUGGGCCCUGGGCGUGCUCAUCUUCGAGCUGCUGACGGGGGCGCCGCCGUUCACUGGUGCGGACCCGAUGCGCACGUACAACCUCAUCCUGAAGGGCAUCGAGGCCGUGGCCAUGCCCAGGGCGGUGGGCAGGGUUGCCGCCCACCUCAUCCGCAGGCUGUGCCGGCCCGCGCCCGCCGAGCGGCUCGGCUACCAGCGCGCCGGCCUCCAGGACGUCCGCCAGCACAAGUGGUUCCAGGGAUUUGACUGGGAAGGAUUGGUCCAGCAAACUCUGCGGCCACCCAUAGUACCACAGGUAUCGGGUCCCACUGAUAUGUCGAAUUUUGACACAAGCGGCAAGGAGGAAGAUAUUGCUUCGACAGAACUUUCUCUUUGGGAAGCUGACUUUUAGCAUGGCUGCCGGCAAGUAGGAAGAUAGGAAAUGGGGAAGAAAAUACAAGUCAAAUUUAAACACAGUUUUUUUAAUCACAAUUAAAAAUAUACAGUACAUUCCACUUACAUUACUUACAUAAGUACACUUAUACAAUUAGCAGACUUAAACUCACAUGCCUUGAUCUCUGGUAGAGAACUAAAUUUAUGUGCACAUUAACUAUAACAUAAU